AUGUAUGCCAAGCUCUGCACCCUGCCUCUUUGGGCCCCAAGGGAAGUCAUCGAUGCAACAAUGCCGACAGAGUUUCUGCACAAAUAUGCUUCAACAAGGGUGAUCCUUGAUGCGACCGAAAUACGCUGUGAAGUGCCUUCAUCUCUGUCACUACAGUCAAGCACGUACUCGUCUUACAAGUCGUCAAACACAUUUAAAGCCCUCAUAGGGGUGUCACCAAAUGGACUGGUCAGCUUUGUGUCCGAGCUGUUCACGGGAUCCACGUCAGACAGAGAGUGCGUCUCACGGAAUGGGUUCCUGGGGCCAGAUUUCGAAGAAAAUGAUGUCGUAAUGGCGGACAAGGGUUUUCUGAUUGCGGACCUCUUGGAAAAGAAGGGAGUACUUCUGAAUAUGCCCCCAUUUUUGAGAGAUGGGACAUUCUCAAGAGAAGAAGUGCUUCGAACACAAGCGAUUGCUUCCCUACGGAUACAUGUGGAGCGACGAAUACAGCGCAUCAAGGGGUACCACAUCUUCGACAGGCCAAUCCCACUUUCAUUGGCUCCUGUCAUCAACCAAAUCUGGACUGUGACACUAUUCUUGUGUGACACUGUGACGCUAUUCUUACAAACUUUCAAAGCCCUUUAA